AUGACCGAGAGUAUAAUACCAACUUCGUCUAAAUCCUCAAACUGUUUGGUUUGUGAACAGGAGACAAACGGUAAACGACACUACGGUGCAGCUGUCUGUCGCGCCUGUGCCGCGUUUUUCCGAAGAGCUGGAUGUUCGAGACUGAAAAAAGUGUGUAAAAAGAAAAACACGUGCAGUUAUUCGAAGGAUGGAUAUUUUCCAUGCAAAUCAUGUCGACUACAAAAAUGUUUGGCGAUAGGAAUGAGUUCAGAAAGUUUCCAAUUCAAUCGAGAUGGGUAUCAAAACGAAGGAGUUAUUCAAAAGAUUACACCUACAAUGGACACAUUUUGUGGAAGAUCAAAUCUCAUUAUUUUUCAAUCAUCCAAACCUUCUUCAAAUUCUCAAACCUCAAAAAGUUUCCUUGAUCUACAAUUUCUAAUCGAUAAAGCAACUUUGCUUUUUCAACAGGGGUGCGAGACUCCUAUUCGAGCUAAAACGAAUUUAGAGAAAAUGUCAAUUGGGCUACGAAAAAUUCAAAAAUCAAUUCAACUCCCAGACCCUCAAAAGAUUGAAAAGUUUGGUAGAGAAGAAGCAAUGUGUCAAAUGGAAUAUUAUAUUGUGUCAGUGACGAAGUGGUUGACACAUUUCGAUGAUUUCCAGGCUCUGCCUCAACGUCUUCAGUUGAAAACUCUGGGUGGAAUUUGGAGUAUCUGGUGGAAGCUGGAAAGACUUGCUUGUUUUGUUAGGAACAUCCAAAAUAUAAUCACCGAGGAAAAGUUGAAGGGAAUGAAGCAAGAUCAACUGAUUUACGCAUGGGAUCAAAGGAAGCUUGAUAUGUCAUGGUUGUGUAAUAAGUAUACAGUGGAGGAGCUGAAAUUUUUCAUGGAUAUCCCAACAGAGAUCCGUCUGGAUGUAUUGACUCGUUCUAUGUUUGAACUUCAACCAUCAGAUAUGGAGCUGACGUUUAUGUUGUGUCAACUGUGUUUCCAUCACGUCGGGAAACGAUUUCAAGGAGAAAUUCUUCAAAUUUGUGAAAAGUUUCAAGAGAAGUUGUCUAAUGAUCUGCAUGAUUAUUAUGUGAAUGAUCAGAAGAAUCCGUAUUAUAUGAAGAGACUGGCUAGUAUGAUGAAGAUCAACAACCAGUUACAGCUGGAUGCUCGCAGAAACCAAACAAAACUUGAUUUGGCGACCGUGUUUGAUAUUUUUUGUAUAGAAGUUUCCCACCCCGAACUGUUUGUUGAAGCAUAA